GGCCGGCUCCGGGAGCCCCGCGGAGCCCCGCGCCGCGCCGAGGAGCCAGCGGCCACCCGAGGCUUGGCGCUCCCGGCCGCACCGCGGGCUCUGCUAUGAUCUGGCGGCGCUGGGAGCAGCAUGGGCAGCGUCAGCAGCCUCAUCUCCGGCCACAGCUUCCACAGCAAGCACUGCCGCGCCUCCCAGUACAAGCUCCGCAAGUCCUCGCACCUGAAGAAGCUCAACCGCUACUCGGACGGGCUGCUCCGCUUCGGCUUCUCGCAGGACUCCGGCCACAAGUCCGGCUCCAAGAGCAGCAAGAAUGAGGAUUUCUUUUACAUCAAGGUCAGCCAGAAGGCGCACGGCGCCCAGCGGCCGGACUACACCGCGCUGGGCGGCGGCGAGCUGGCCGUGCCCGCCGGGAGCGGCUCCCUGGACUUCGGGACGCCCACGCCGCAGAAGCUGAUGCCCUUCCCCAGCCAGCUGGAAGUGGGCGGGGAGAAGCCGCUGCCUCGUCCCACGGCCUUCAAGCCGGUGCUGCCGCGUUCCGGGGCCAUCCUGCACUCGUCCCCUGAGAGCGGGGGUCCCCUGGCCCAGCAGCUGCACCCCCCGGAGAAGGCCAAGGAGCAGGAGCUGCGGCCGCUGCCCUGCUCGGGGGGCCUGUCCGACUCCGGCCGCAACUCCAUGUCCAGCCUGCCCACGCACAGCACCAGCAGCAGCUACCAGCUGGAGCCCCUGGUCACCCCCAUGGGCCCCAUCAGCCGCUUCGGGGGCUCUGCCCACAACAUCCUGCAGUGUGCCAUCAUCCAGGACAGCAACAUGAUGAGCCUCAAGGCCAUGUCCUUCUCUGACGGCGGCAACAAGAUCCUGAACCCCGGCAAGGCGCCCCAGCACCGCGCCGCUGCCGAGAAGAGCGCCUGCGUGCGCUCGCCCAUCGCCACGGAUGAAUCCACCAUCCAGGAGCUGGAGCAGAAGCUGCUGGAGAGGGAGGGCGAGCUGCAGGAGCUGCAGUCGAGCUUCGAGGAGAAGGAAAUCAGUUCCUGCCAGGCCUACGAGGAGAAGCAGCGGCGCUGCAAGGAGGAGCUGGAGGGGCUGAAGCAGAAAUGCAACAGCAAACUCAAGCAAACCUCGCAGAAAACACAGCGGACGCAGCAGGUGCUGCACCUGCAGGUGUUCCAGCUGCAGCAGGAGAAGCAGCAGCUGAGGGAGGAGCUGGAGAAACUCAUGAAGGAGCAGAACCUGCUGGAGACCAAGCUGAGGUCCUACGAGAAGGAGAAGACCAGCUUUGCCCCGGCACUGGAGGAGACGCAGUGGGAGGUGUGCCAGAAAUCUGGUGAGAUCUCACUGCUGAAGCAGCAGCUGAAGGAGUCUCAGACCGAGCUCACCACUAAGACCACGGAGAUCCUGAGCCUGAAGGCGCAGCUGAAGGAGGUGAGGCUGAAGAUGGAGGGGCUGGAGAUGAAGAGCCAGGAGCUGGAGGUGUCGCUGCGCACCAAGGCCAUGGAGCUGGAGGUGUGCGAGAACGAGCUGCAGCGCAAGAAGAACGAGUCGGAGCUGCUGCGCGAGAAGGUGAACCUGCUGGAGCAGGAGAUCCUGGAGCUGCGCUCCGAGCUGGCCGCGCUGCGGGAGCAGCUCCAGGGGCUCCCCAGGCCGGGCGGGGACGAUGCCCAGGCCCUGCAGGGGCAGCUGGAGCGGCUGCGGGCCGAGCUGAAGGCGGAGCGCGACAGCAACGAGCAGAUGAGCUGCAGCUUCCAGCACGAGCGGCAGACGUGGAAGGAGGAGAAGGAGAAGGUGAUCCACUACCAGAAGCAGCUGCAGCAGAGCUACCUGCACAUGUACAAGAGGAACCAGAGCCUGGAGAAGAUGCUGCAGCAGCUGGCGGCGGGCGAGGAUGGCAAGGAGCCCAUCGAGCUGGAGAUCCCCGGUGGCACCGACGUCCCCUACGAGGACAUCAUCGCCACCGAGAUCUGAGCCGCCGGGGGAGCUGUCCCCUCCCCGCCACGCAGUGUCCCCCUGUCCUUGCGCCGCCCGUCGUGUUCCAGAGGUGACCAAGCCACUCGUGCCAAUGGUGACGUGCCCGCAGCUCCCCCAGCCUGGCACUGCCCCCUCUGCCCCCGGGCAGGGAUCAGGACUCCAGGGAAUUCUCUGCCAUCCGUGCCCAGCGCCCAGGGGAUGCUCUGCUCCAGGCUGGGGGGACACAGCCUGCCCCUGCUCCGGGGAUGGCACAGCUCUGGGGUGGCACAGCUCCCACAGUCCUGCCCACUGGUAGUGGCAGAAAUCAGCCCAAAUUUGUGCCCAGCUCUGGGAAUGGCACAGCACCAGGGAUGGCACAGCAGCAUCCUGCCCGCUGAUGGUGGCAGGAAUCAGCCCCAGUGUGUGCCCAACUCCAAGGACGGCACAGUAUCAUCCUGCCCAUGGUGGGCAGGAACCAGCCCCAAUUUGUGCCCAGAAAUCAGCCCCAGUGUGUGCCCAUCUCCAAGGAUGGCACAGCACAGUCCUGCCCACCGAUGGUGGCAGGAAUCAGCCCCAGAUCCCUGGAGGAAGCUCCCACUCCUCCUCACCCUCCUUUGGCACCAUGGGAGCACAGAGCCACCUCCUGCCACUGCCACAUCCACCCAUGCCAGCCCAUGAGGGCCUCAGGAAGGUCCCCAGCUGCUCACACCCCCCAGUAUGCCCCAACUCACUGAAAUCACCCCAAAAUCAUCCCAAAAUCACCCUGAAAUCACCUUGAGAUCACCCUGAACUCCCCAUUCAGUCCAAGCACAGCCCCCUUCACUGCACCCACAGCCCCCACAGCCCUCCCUCUGGCAUUCCCAGCUCCCACAGACAAGGACCCCAUCCCUUCUCCCGGCUGCCAGGCAGCAGCUGGAUCUGAGGAUUCACAGGAAUGUCCCAGCCACGUUCUGAGCAGGGAUUGGGGUUUGUGUUCACCCCACAGCCCCCUGCACUCGCUGGGGCUGUCCCUCCCGGCUGCCUUAUCUCCUCCCGUGCCCUGAUCCCGCAGGAUCCGGCCCAGGGGAGCUGGUUAAACACCCCAAACCAACCACUGCCACCUUAAUUUCUACCCCAGCUCUUAAAAGCUCCUCCUGCCGCCAGCGAGUGGCUCCACAGACACCGAGGUGGCCCCGCUGGUGACCAUGGUGUCCCCCUGGCUGGGGAGGGAACCAGCAGGACCCUCCCCUAGGGGACCCCUCUGUGCCAGUGCAAUGAUAUUUUUUGCUGCAAUUAUUUACCCACUGCCCCAUUCCAGGGCUCUUGGGGGAGGUUCUUGCACGAUCCCAACGCCGCCAAUUCGGCCACGGGCUCCGAGCUGUGCGAAAUCCCGCGCCCCUCGCGCCACUGCAGCCUGGAAAGGUGACACACAGGAACCAGUCUGUGCCUUCUGCACCUGAGCACCCCAAACCACUGCCCCGGCUCUCCUGGCUGGGCCUGGCACUGCCCAGAUGGUCCUGGCACUGCCCAGCCAGGUCUGGCACUGCCCAGCCAGUCCUGGCACUGCCUAGUUGCUCCUGGCACUGUCCAGCUGAGCCUAGUGCUACCCAGCUGGGCCUGGCACUGCCUGGUCAGUCCUAGCUCUGCCCAGCCAGGUCUGGUAGUGCCCACCCAGUCCUGACACCACCCAGCCACUCCUGGCACUGCCCAGCCUUUCUUGGCACUGCCUGGCCAGUUCUGGCACUGCCCAUCCAGUCUUGGUACUGCCCAGCCACUCCUAGCACUGACCAGCUGGUCCUGGCACUGCCCAGCUGCAUCUGGUACUGACCAGCUAGGUCUGGCAUUGCCUAGUUGGGCCUGGCACUGACCAGCUGGUCCUGGCACUGCCCAGCUGGAUCUGGCACUGCCCAGCCACUCCUGGCACUGCCCAGCCGGGUCUGGCACUGCCCAGACACUCCUGGCACGUCCCAUCCAGUUCUGGCACUGUCCAGCUGGUCCUGGCACUGUCCAGCUGAGCCUAGUACUACCCAGCCAUGCCCAGCACUGCCCAGCCACUCUGUCCAGCUCGGUCUGGCACUGCCCAGCCAGUCCUGGCAUUGCCCAGCCAGUUCUGGCAUUGCCUAGUUGGGCCUGGCAUUUUCCAGCUGAGCCUAGUACUGCCCAGCCAGUUCUGGCACUGCCCAGCCAGUCCUGGCAUUGCCUAGUUGGGCCUGGCACUGUCCAGCUGGGCCUGGCACUGCCCAGCCACUCCUGGCAUUGCCUAGUUGGGCCUGGCACUGCCCAGCUGAGCCUCGUACUACCCAGCCAUACCUGGCACUGCCCAGCCAUACCUGGCACUGUCCAGCUGAGCCUACUACUGCCCAGCCAGUCCUGGCACUGACCAGAUAGUUCUGGCAGUGUCCAGCUGAGCCUGGUACUGCCCAGCCUUUCUUGGCACUGCCCAGCCAUACCUGGCACUGCCCAGCCGGGUCUGGCACCGCCCAGCCAGUCCUGGAACUGUCCAGCUGGGUCUGGAAUUGUCCAGCUGAGCCUAGUACUUUUCAGCCAUACCUGGCACUGCCCAGCCAGUCUUGGCACUGCCCAUCCACUCCUGGUACUGCCCAGCCACUCCUAGCACUGACCAGCUGGUCCUGGCACUGCCCAGCCGGGUCUGGCACUGCCCAGCCCACCCUGGCACCGUCACAAGCGAUGCUCACCCCGGCCCGAUGGAAAAGCCAACCUCAGGCUCCUGCGGGUGCCCCUCGGGGCCAGCCCUGCCCAUUCCCUGCCCUGCCCAUCCCUGCCCAUCCCUUGCCCUGUCCCAUCCCCUGCCCAUGCCCAGCCCCUGCCCAUCCCCUGCCCAUGCCCAGCCUUGCCCAGCCGAAGGAUGUUCGCAAAGCUGAAGGAUCGGGGGCACAACGAGGCCGGCAGGGAUUUUGUGCCUCCCCAGAACCGGCACAGCCCCGCCGGGAGGGAGCAGAGCCCGUCCUGGCAAUUCCCGUCCCUGUCCCUGUCCCUGUCCCCGUCCCCGUCCCUGUCCCUGUCCCCGUCCCUGUCCCUGUCCCUGCCCCCGUCCCUGUCCCUGUCCCUGUCCCCGUCCCUGUCCCCGUCCCUGUCCCCGUCCCCGUCCCUGUCCCUGUCCCUGUCCCUGUCCCUGUCCCUGUCCCCGUCCCUGUCCCUGUCCCCGUCCCCGUCCCUGUCCCUGUCCCUGUCCCCGUCCCUGUCCCCAGGCGUGUCCCCGGCCCCGUGUCCCCCCCAGCUCUGUGAUGUGAUCUCCAGAGGCCUCGCCGUGCUGCCUUUGCACAACCGCGCUGUGUGUGCCCGUCGCAUUCCAGGUGUGUCGCUCCAGGCCCCGGCCUGGACAAGAGAAUUAUUUUUCUGCAGUUUUUUUUUUUUUUUUUUUUUUUGGUUUUGUUGAUGUUUUUUUGGAUGUUCUUUCUGGUGACUGAUGUAAACUACUGGUUAAUUUUAUGUUUUUUAUUUAUAAAUAAAUUUUUUAAAACUUC